UUUUGUUUCGGGAAUGUUGCAUUGAAAGUGGAUAAUACUGCAUUGAUUCGAUCACAAUUGCCACAGUAAAGGGAAACAGGGAAAACUCAAUCUCGUGCUUCUUUUUCUCAGGGAGCUGAUAUUUCUUCUGCACUUUCCGCGUCAGUCCCCACAUUGCUCAACCACAACUGUCACGUGCAAUAGAUCAGUCUGAGGAACUUUCAUUUACAGGAAAUCACCAAGCGAUAGACAUCAACAUGGGAGUUGGAGUUGGAGUUGGAAUUGGUGGAUUCAUUACAUUCUUGACUUUAGCCUCUUGUUUUGGAGAUAUUACAAAGGUUGACACCAGUGGGGCCUCAGAGAUAACCGCUAGACAAGACAAGCUAACUGUCCAAGGGGUGGAUGCCUCUCAUAAACUGGCUGAGCAUGACCUGGUGAGGAUGAACAAGUACAAGAAGCUCAUCACCAGGGUGGGGCAGAAGCAUGGCCUGGACCCAGCUAUCAUCGCUGGCAUCAUCUCCAGAGAGUCCCGGGCUGGGGCAGUGCUGGACCAUGGCUGGGGAGAUCAUGGAAAUGGAUUUGGGCUCAUGCAGUAUUUCUUCUGCACUUUCCGCGUCAGUCCCCACAUUGCUCAACCACAACUGUCACGUGCAAUAGAUCAGUCUGAGGAACUUUCAUUUACAGGAAAUCACCAAGCGAUAGACAUCAACAUGGGAGUUGGAGUUGGAGUUGGAAUUGGUGGAUUCAUUACAUUCUUGACUUUAGCCUCUUGUUUUGGAGAUAUUACAAAGGUUGACACCAGUGGGGCCUCAGAGAUAACCGCUAGACAAGACAAGCUAACUGUCCAAGGGGUGGAUGCCUCUCAUAAACUGGCUGAGCAUGACCUGGUGAGGAUGAACAAGUACAAGAAGCUCAUCACCAGGGUGGGGCAGAAGCAUGGCCUGGACCCAGCUAUCAUCGCUGGCAUCAUCUCCAGAGAGUCCCGGGCUGGGGCAGUGCUGGACCAUGGCUGGGGAGAUCAUGGAAAUGGAUUUGGGCUCAUGCAGGUUGACAAGCGCUACCACAAGAUAGUGGGGACAUGGGACAGUGAGGAGCAUAUCAGUCAAGGCAGUGAGAUUCUCAAUGAGUUUAUCCGAAGGAUCCAGGCUAAAUUCCCUGCGUGGCCCAAGGAGCACCAGCUGAAAGGGGGAAUUUCAGCCUACAAUGCUGGGGACAAAAAUGUCCGCACCUAUGAGCGAAUGGACGUGGGCACCACUGGGGGUGACUAUUCCAAUGAUGUUGUUGCCAGAUCUCAAUGGUUCAAAAGACAGGGUUAUUGAAGACUCUCUUCAUUAUAUACUCCAGUCUUUGAUUCUACCUAUGGUGAAAAUAUUCAGUACGUGUUUUGGAAUAAAUCAAAGCAGUAAAAUGUCUUCUAUUUUCUGAAUAAAUCAAAGCAGUGAAAUACAUUAUAUUUUCUAAAUACAUGAAAUGAAAUGUCA